AUGACGCUCUACUGGCUGCUCUCCGUUCCCGCGCACGGCGACGGCCACGUAGCCUGGCGCGACAUAAAAUCGCGCAUCGGCAGCUCCGACCUCUACGACUUCUCCCUCCCCACCUUCAAAAUCGGCACCCUCGAUGGGCUCGUCCGGCUCUCCGAUGACCUAGCCAAAUUCGACUCCGCCUAUGAAACAACUCUCACCAAGUUCACCGACACCCUGCGCAGUCUCAACCCCACGGUCACCGCGAGCCAGCUUCAGGCCCAGCUGACAGUCGACGGCGGGAAGUCCGUAGACCAGUAUCUGCGCACGUUCGCCUGGGACAAUGCCAAGUACCGGGUGGACCGGCCAUUGGUGGAGAUUCUCGGGCAGGUGGCCGAGCAGAUGGGGCAGGUGGACGGCCAGCUGAAGUCCAAGCUGACCCAGUACAAUGCCAUAAAGGGGUCGCUGGCCACGGUGCGGCGCAAGCAGAACGGCAACCUGUCGCACUGCGUGCGCGACUCCGAGUACCUGCAGACGCUCUUUGUCGCUGUUCCGCGCAGCCUGGCGUCCGAAUGGCUCAACACAUACGAGCGCCUCGCCACCAUGGUUGUCCCGCGCUCCGCCACCCCGGUAGCCGAGGACUCCGAGUACAUCCUGUACUCUGUUGUCGUGUUUAAGCGCGCAGCGGACGAGUUCACGACAAGGGCCAGGGACGCGAGAUUCACCGUGCGCGACUUCGUCUAUGACGAGGAGGCGCUCGAGCGCGAGCGCAGGAUGCAGAUGGAGGUGGUUGAGCAGGAGACAGAGCUGCUGGGCAACCUGUCCGAGUGGAUCAAGCGCCAGCUGGCCGACUUUUACGCGUACCUGGAGACCAGCACCAGGGCGUCGGACAGAGCGAGGAAGACCGGGAAGGCCGGGAAGGGCUCGUUGCCGGCAAGCGCUGCCGCCGCCGCCGCCGCCGCCGCCGCCGACGGCGCUUUCGACAUGCACGAGUUUUCGAGCAUCCUGAGCAGCGAGUACACGCCGUUUGUGUUUUUCGAAAUCCCAUGGACGUUUUUCGGCCAGGAGUAA